AUGUCCAAACUUGCGCAAGACUCUCCGAGGCCGCCCGUCGUCGGCACCGUCACCCAGUUCCUCACGAUGCUGCCGUCCCCUCUCACGAUCUCGCUCGUCUCGCUAGCGCCGCAAAUUCGCUUUGUGCGAUGGGUUUUGGAAAUACUGAGCUGGAAAGGGAGCUGGGACGAGAGCUGGCUGCUACUUGCGGCGUGGUGGGGACUAUGCCUAGGGUCGGAGGUGGUGUUGAGAUACUUGCUUCCGGUUGUCGUUGUUGUCGCUUGGUGGUGGAUCACACGACGUUCCGCACGACACGCUACUCAACCACAACCUGCGACGGAGGAGACACUGCAGCGAACUGUGUCGGAUUUAACGACUGUUCAUGAAUUUUUGCUAUCUAUACCAACCAGCAAUCCACCUAAUCCAAACCAAGCUCAAACCGGAACAUCUGAAUCACCUGCGCCGUCCAUUCCCCUGUAUACCACUCUCCGUGUCCUGGCCUUCGUAUACCCGCCGUAUCUCCUCCUUACGCUCACAGGCGUCGUGCGCAUCCGUACGCUGCUCGGCAUCGCUGGCAGUCUCAUCAUUUUACACCGCGCACCCUUCGCCGUGCUCAUCCGACGUGCACUCUGGCGGAGUGCGCACUUCCGUUGGGGUGUGUACUGGACCUGGGCCAAGGUCUCAGGGACACCGCUCUCGGGCAGCAUCCAUUCUCCACAACCCGACAUAUCGAUAUCAAUCGCUGCUUUGAGACCCAGCGGCAAGGUCUCUGGAGCAGCGAGCGAAAAACAAGCGGAUGCCCCGCCAAGUGCGAUACGCUUCCUGUUCACGGUAUACGAGAAUCAACGCUGGUGGAUGGGCCUCGACUGGACUGCCGCGCUCCUCCCCGCCGAACGUCCCUCAUGGUGCUCGCGCUCCCUGCAGCCCUGCGCUCCGCCUGCUGCGUUCAGCUUGCCGCCGCCAACGACGAUGUACGUCCCGGACCCGGCAGACGCCCCGUCGCAUGCGCACAAGAAAUCGAAAGAGAAGCCGCAGGAGAAAUCGAAGGCGGGAGGCAGGCGGUGGAUGAAGCGUACCGCGGCAUGGCGCUGGGAGGAGCCCGAGUGGAAGAUCGUCGUGCGCAAGGACGGCGCUUCGUCCGCGACGCGCGUCGAGCGCCCGCUGCCGUCGCUCAUCGAAGAGGGCGCGGGCGCGAGCGCAGGCAAAAUCCUUCGCGCGGCAGGCAAGUUCCGUGGCGCGAGCCUCGACCUCAGCUCGGAGAGCAGGAUGAAGGAGAUCGACGCGCAUGUGAAGGAGGGCAGUGCAGGGUCUGACGGCGAAAAGGGCGAGAAGGCUGCCGAAGACGCGAGGACGCAGGACGAGGACGAGGAGCCGUUCACGGAUCCCGAUGGGUGGGUGUAUGGCGACAAUAAGUGGGAAGGCGGCUGCGCGAAAGGCGGGUUGGGCAAGGUGCGCCUUCUCAGUUUUUGUGUGACUUUGCUGUGGCUGAUUUUGUCCCUGAAGUAUACGCGGUACCGCCGUUGGACGCGCGUUGCAGUGCUCAGCGAGAGCAUCGAGUGGGUGGAUGACGCGGACGUUCCUGCGGACGCCAAGCUUGGCGGGCGGCUCUCUGGCAUCGCGCCGUUGCACAAUCCUGAGCACGUCCCAGCGCACGCGGCAUCGGCACCACCGUCGGUGAUACACCACGAACAAGUACUUCCCAGUCCAGCGCGGAAGGUGAUACAGGAGUCGGCUGCCGUGCCCCCUACGUAUGCGACGCAUGUCACCGCGGAACCCACGAGCGCUACCGCUGCGACCUCGGACGAGGGUUCAAGGCUGCGGCAGAGGCUGAAGGCGGUGGUGAGCGGUGUGGGCCAUUGAGUGUCUUUGGAGCUGGAUGGAUUUGGACUGGACUUCACGGGCCCAUGGAUGUGCUACACGCCAUAUCGGGAUGAUACUGGCAACGUUCGCCACAUGGCCUCGCUCCCAGGCGCAUUUACGUGCUUUCGCGGUCAGAAUGCACGAGGGUGACGGAGAUGUGCUUUAGAGUGGGCAUAGCCACCAACGAGUUUACGGUCGCGCCCUUGAACUGCGCCAACCCAUAGCCAGCUAAGCUGGCACCGCCGCCUUCUCGCGCGGUCGUCCGCGCUCCGCGUUGACAGGGGCCUUGGUCUGCUCUCUGAACCCGUCCUGCUCAUGUUCAACGCGCUUCGGAUCGCAAUUCCCGGUGCUGAUGAAGAUGAAGGCGGGCGCAGAAAUUUCGUUUGAGACUGACGAAAAGACGAUAUGUCGUUUAAUAUUGACAUCGACGUUAUGACAUGUUGGCUGCGUAUUGAUUCCCCCGUGUCGAUACAAUUACAACAUUUGCAGCGCGACCCGAUGCAGAAUGAAUCAGAUUUCGGAGCCA